UUUGGGGUGGGUGGGUGGGUAGUAAAAAUGCAUCGUAGUCUGCAGAUGGAAGGUGGCGUUAAUGGCGGCGGCGGAUCAGAACUACCCACCACUUCCGAUGACGGUCAAUUUUUAGUUGCCUUCAGAAAGAUGAUGAAAAAGGAAAUUGAGGUGAUGGUGAUCCGUACCGUUCAUCAAGUAAUAGGGCCGAUUGUCGAAGAUUUAAUUCGUAAAGUUUUAAAAGAGGAAAUCCAAUCGGCCGUGGAGAAAGCGAUGCUUUCGACUAAUGGGGUUCGGAACUCUUCGAACGAGACAAGUUUGCAAGCGCUUAAGAUCUUGGAUGAAGUAGCGGGUCCCGUUUUGACGGGUAAGCCAAUCACGGGAAACGAAGGCACUCCCAUUAGGGUUGCGCUCGUUGAUAAAACAACAGGGGAGGUUAUCAAAAGCGGGCCCGGAUGUUCGGCGAAGGUGGAGAUAUUAGUACUUGACUCGAGCAGUGAUAGUAAUGAACAUCAUAAUUGGAGUAUCGAGGAAUUUAAUAAUAAGAUUAUUAGAGAAGGUGAUAAAACGAAACCCCACUUUGCGAGAAGUAACUAUGUGUACCUCGAGGAAGGUGUUGCCGUUUUACGUGACGUCAAGUUGGGGCAUGAUUCUAUUUGGAUGAAGAGCUGCGAGUGCAGGCUAGGGUUGAGAAUUGCCGAGAGUUUUCGAGGGGUAAAAGUGGAAGAAGCACGGUCGUCGUCGUUUAUGGUCUUGGAUAGCCGUAGCAAAUUGUAUGGGAAUCAUUACCCUCCGUCUCUCUCCGACGAAGUUUGGAGGUUGGAAAACAUCGGGAAAGAUGGCACCCGAUGCAAGCAAUUGUACAAUAACAAAAUCUUGAAAGUGAAGGAUUUUUUGUUCCUCCACUCAAUCAAUCCUCAAAGGCUCCAAGAAAUAUUGGGCGUUGGCGAUAAAACGUGGAAGAGCACAGUGGAUCAUGCUCGAACAUGCAUUCUUGACGAUGAAAGUAUAUACGUAUACUACCCUUCUGAAUUUAAAACGGGCGUCGCUUUCGACGCUGUUGGCGGGCUAAAAGGGGCGAUCCACGACUCGCACUAUGUUCCAAUUACCGAUCUAUCUAUCGAUGAGAAGGAUUGCGCGCGCAGUUUACUACUCGUUGCAUUCGAAAACGGGAAGGAUAUAAUCUCCUUCCCCGACGAAACUUCUCUGCAGCAUCAAUAUCCGUCCAAAUAUUCCGAUCUUGAUUGUUUGUCGGAUUUUUUCCGUGGCAUUGAGCAUUUCGAAACUCUUUUUUCUCCCGAGAGCAAUAAUAACGUUUGUGGGGCCCACUCAGAGCCCCAUCGACAAAGUAAAGGUGGCAGUGGUUUAGAUGGGGUUGCCGCUAUUGUGAUUAGGAUGGUUCGCGCGAGGAAGAGGUUUAUGGCUUUGGGAGAUGAUGGAAACUUGAGGGAGGAGCUAUCGAGUUUCGGAAAACGUGCUAUUCAGUUUCGGAAAAAAUGAAGUGGCAACUUGUAUAUAUGAGUGUGUAUGUAUGUAUGUAUGUAUGUAUGUAUGUAUGUAUGUAUGUAUAUUUAAUCUAAUCUUGAUAGAUUAGAUUGAACAAAACUAGGAGAUUAACUAGUGUUUCUUGUUCUUCAUUCUUUGAUAUAUUUAUUUUUAGAAAGAUAGAUUUAAUUGUUUUUCUUUUUAUUAUGAUCCAUUGAUUCUUGAAAUUAUUGAAAGAGAGAAAUACAUAUUUGUUGAGAU